AUGGCUUUUCUGAAACAGUUUUUGUUUCUGCUGAAGUUCUGCUUCUUCAUCAAUUUAGUGCAAUUUGCGAAUUCUUCUAACAGGGAUGCUGUAAUUUUGCUCGGGGUCAAGAACAGUCAACUCGAUGACCCAUUAGGAAAACUCGACGACUGGGUCGGGACAACUCGGAAUGCUCCUUGCAGCUGGAAUGGAAUUUCCUGUGACCCCCGCACUCUGGAUGUGGUUUCCAUUAAUCUCUCAAGCUUUAAUGUUUCUGGAAAUUUUCCGGCUGAUUUCUGCCGGAUUUCAUCCCUACAGAACCUCGAUCUCUCCAACAACAGUUUAGUGGGUCCCGUUACGUCUGAUUCCAUCUUUCUCUGUUCUCAUCUCCAGUCUCUCAAUCUCUCUUCCAAUUAUUUUGAUGGGAACUUGCCGGAGUUUUCGACGGAGUUUUUGAACCUGACCAUUCUAGAUUUUUCAUUUAACAGUUUCACGGGUGGAAUUCCUGGGACUGUUGUCAACUUGCCAAAUCUCCAGGUUUUAUCUCUUUUUUCGAAUCUGCUCGAUGGGUCAAUCCCUGAGAUUUUAUCAAAUUUAACUGAGUUGACUCGCUUAGAACUGGCUUAUAAUCCUUUUAGACCUAGUACACUGCCUGAAAACAUCGGAAGACUGACAAAACUUCAAAACUUGUGGUUACCUCUCACUAAUCUUAUGGGAAAAAUUCCCGACUCUAUUGGGAAUCUUGUUUCUCUUAAAAACCUGGACCUAUCGAACAAUAGUGUUACUGGAAAAAUCCCAGAAAGCAUUGGUGGAUUAAAAAACGUGGAACAAAUUGAACUGUAUAAGAACCAACUAUCUGGAGAAUUGCCAGACGCAUUCUUGAAUCUCACUUCUUUACUUCGAUUCGAUGCUUCGGAAAAUAAGCUUACUGGAGAGAUACCUGAAAGUCUUGCAAGUCUGCCCCUUGAAUCGUUGAAUCUCAAUGAUAACUCUUUGGAAGGUGCAAUUCCAGAUGUUUUAGCCUUAAACCCGAAGCUUAACAAGCUGCAUCUAUUUAUUAACAGAUUUUCUGGUACUUUACCGGGCAAUUUGGGUAUGAACUCAGAAUUGGAAGAUAUUGAUGUUUCUAAUAACAAUUUGGAAGGCCCAUUGCCUCAGAAUUUAUGUUACAGAAAGAAGCUUCAGCGUUUGGUACUUUUUAAGAAUAGGAUUUCAGGUUCAAUCCCAGAAUCAUAUGGAGAUUGCAGUAGUUUAACGUACGUGCGUAUUCAACACAAUGAACUCUCUGAAACUGUGCCUGAGGGAUUCUGGAGUUUCAGUGGACUUGAAUUUCUCGAGAUCAGUGAUAACAAAUUGGAGGGUUCUAUUCCGCCUGCGAUUUCCAAUGCAGAAGGCUUAACACAAUUAGUGAUCUUUGGCAACAAUUUUUCUGGCAAUUUGCCUUCAGAAAUUUGUGAUUUACAUGAGCUCGCUAUUGUGGAUUUAAGUAUAAACCGGUUUUCUGGUGAGCUGCCUUUGUGUAUCAUCAAUUUGACACAGUUACAAAGGUUUGACAUAAAGGAGAAUAUGUUCACCGGUGAAAUCCCGAAAACUAUUAGUCUUUGGAGGGAGCUCACAGAGUUGGAUUUUUCUCACAAUCGGUUUUCCGGUGUAAUUCCAGCCGAGUUAGGGAGUUUGCCGGUGUUAACAUACUUGGAUCUUUCCUGGAAUUCGCUCUCAGGAGAAAUUCCGAAGGAGUUGACUAAGCUGAAGCUUAACAAGUUUAAUGUCUCAAAUAAUAGGCUUGAAGGGAAAGUACCACUUGGCUUCAAUGCAAAGUUUUAUCUCUCAAGUCUAAUGGGCAACAUGGAUUUAUGUAGCCCGGAUCUGAAACCACUUCCUCCUUGCUCGAGAUCCAAACCCGUUAGCUUGAUGUUGGUUGGGAUAUUAUCAGUACUUGCAUUGAUACUUACUGGGUCACUUCUUUGGCUCCUAAUCAAGACCAAGAACUUUGUUACGUUUGGAAGUAAAAAUAAGCAGUCUUGCAAAAUCAUCUCUUUCCAGCAGGUUGGGUUCAAUGAAGAAGAAGUGUUGGCCUCUUUAACCAAUGAGAACCUUAUUGGGACUGGGAGAUCAGGUCGGGUUUAUCGAGUGAGGUUGAAGAGUGGAUUGAUCAUGGCAGCCAAGAGGUUCUGGGAGGUGGGGCGGCUACCAGAAUCCGAGAGGGUGUUCCAAUCAGAGGUGGAGACAUUGAGUCAAAUUCGACAUGCUAACAUUAUUAAAUUGUUGUUUAGUUGCAUGAACGAGGAUUUCAAGAUAUUGGUGUAUGAUUACAUGGAGAAUGGGAGUUUGGGAGAAGUAUUGCAUGGGGAGAAGGGUGGAGUAUUGUUGGACUGGCCUAGGCGGUUCGCUAUUGCACUUGGGGCUGCUCAAGGGCUUGCCUAUUUGCACCAUGAUUGUGUGCCCCCCAUUGUGCAUCGGGACAUUAAGUCCAACAACAUAUUGCUAGACAAGGAAUUCAGGCCGAAAUUGGCUGACUUUGGUUUGGCAAAGACAAUGCAUCAGGAUGGGGAUGAGGGGGAGCAAGUCAUGUCUCGCGUGGUUGGCUCUUACGGCUACAUUGCACCAGAAUAUGCUCACACGAUGAAGGUUACCGAGAAGAGUGAUGUGUAUAGUUUUGGGGUUGUGCUACUGGAAUUGAUAUCCGGUAAAAGUCCUAAUCAUUCCUCGUUUGGUGAGAACAAGGAAAUUGUGAAGUGGGCAACAGAGACUGCAUUUUUAUAUCCAGAACAAGGAAACGAAAAUAUUGAUGGCAGCAUCAAUAUUGUUUGUUUGGAUCAGAUAUUAGACAUUCGGCUGAUUCCAUCUGCAUUUGAAUAUCAGCAGGUAAAUAGGAUUCUGAAUGUGGCUUUAUCGUGCACUUCAGAAUUACCUGCAAACAGGCCCUCCAUGAGAAGAGUUGUCGAAUUACUCAAGCUCCAUCCCUCAGCUCAUAUGAAGUAA